AUGGUGCAUUCCCUGCCUAUUAUUGAGACCUUGCUUUGUGAACUGCUGACAAGAAUCGGUCCAUAUUUCUACUACCUUUACGCGACAUAUGGCUUUGGGAAAGGAGAGAUUGGACAGCUCUUUAUUGCAGGAUUUGGAUCUUCCAUGUUGUUUGGGACAAUUGUUGGAUCUGUAGCUGAGAUACAGGGUCAAAAGCAGGCAUGUGUGACUUACUGCAUUACUUACAUAUUGAGCUGUAUUACCAAGCAUUCUCCACAGUACAAAGUUUUGAUCUUGGGUUGUGUUUUGGGUGACGUUGGGAUUGAACGUGGAGCAUUUCUGGUAGUCACAACACCUCCCAAAGAAUCUUCUGCUGAACAAAAAGCACCAGACCAUGACUCAUUUGAGAAAGCCCUUGUUCCAAAGCCAACCAAGGAAAUCUCUCCCUCCAAAUCCCCUCCAACCCUUGAAAGUAAUCUCUCUCUUUCUCUCUCCCCCUCUCUCUCCAGUGUAUGA